AUGCCGCCGCAAGUCAUCCUCAUUCGCCAUGGCGAGGCCGAACAUAUCGCCUUGACCCCAUUGAGUUGGCUGGCGACUGACCUUGCUGAACAAGAUUGGACCCUCCAUGACCCAAACUUGACUGAGAAGGGCGCAGCGCAAUGCAAGCAGCUGGCUAUUGACCUUCAAACCAGAUAUACCUUUCCCCAGGAGACAUUGAUCGUCGUCAGCCCGCUCGUUCGGACGCUCCAGUCCUUCCAACACGGACUCGCAUGGCUGGCCGAAAAGGGAGUUCCCGUUGAGCUCCGUGCCGAGUGGCAAGAGACUACGGGCAACCCAUGCGACAUAGGAACCGAAAUUGACAAGAUUGCACCAGAAUGGCCGCACCUGGAUUUCUCAACGGUGGACAAGGCAUGGCCAGCAAAGACGGGAUUGUAUGAUCCGUCGCAGGAGGGACUGCUGAACCGCGCAAGAGUCGUGCGGGAGUGGCUGUACCACAGACCUGAGAAGUACGUCGUGGUCAUGACGCACUCGGGGUUCAUUAGAAGGGUCGCCCCGAGCAACAGCAAAUAUGCGAAUGCUGAGUUCAGGAUUUACAAUUUCGCCGUGGAGGAUGAGAGCGACGACAGAGCCUUCCACCUCCUUGAGAUCGAAGGUGUCCAUCAGUCCUUGAGCACGAAAGCUGCAGAUUCCGAAGAUAUGGCUGCCUAA